CCCCCCCGGGGCCGCGGGCUGGCGGCGGGGGCGCAGCGCCGGCCGCCCCCGCGCCGCCGCUCCCGGCGGGCCUCGGCGGAGGAGCCGCCUGCCGAGCCGGUGCGGAGGAGGGGGCAGCCCCCGGCAGGCGUCCCGAGAUGCUGAAAGUCACCAUGCCUUCCUCCUCCUCCUCCUCCUCCUCCUCCUCCGCCUCCUCCUCCGCCUCGUCCUCCGGCUCCUCGGCCGCCGGCCGCGCCGCUGCCGCCGCUCCCGACUACUGGAUCGACGGCUCCAACAAGGACACGCUGGCCCACUACUUCGAGUUGGAGUCCGAGCUGGGACGUGGGGCUACAUCCGUUGUCUACAGAUGCAGGCAGAAAGGGACCCAGAAACCUUACGCCGUCAAAAUGUUGAAGAAGACAGUAGACAAGAAAAUUGUCCGCACAGAAAUAGGAGUUCUACUUCGCCUUUCACAUCCAAACAUUAUAAAACUGAAGGAGAUAUUUGAGACGCCUACAGAAAUCAGUCUUGUUCUGGAAUUGGUCACAGGUGGAGAGCUGUUUGACAGGAUUGUGGAAAAGGGUUAUUACAGUGAACGAGAUGCUGCUGAUGCUGUUAAACAAAUCCUGGAGGCGGUUGCUUACCUGCAUGCAAAUGGGAUAGUGCAUCGUGACUUGAAGCCAGAGAAUCUACUCUAUGCAACACCAGCACCGGACGCACCGUUAAAAAUUGCUGAUUUUGGACUUUCCAAGAUUGUGGAAGAUCAGGUGACCAUGAAGACGGUUUGUGGAACUCCGGGGUACUGUGCACCAGAAAUCCUACGAGGAUGUGCCUACGGCCCCGAGGUGGACAUGUGGUCGUUGGGGAUUAUCACCUACAUCCUACUUUGUGGCUUUGAACCGUUCUAUGAUGAAAGGGGAGAUCAGUACAUGUUUAAGAGGAUCCUGAACUGUGAAUAUGACUUUGUUUCCCCCUGGUGGGAUGAUGUGUCUCUGAAUGCCAAGGAUUUAGUUAAGAAGUUGAUUGUUUUGGACCCUAAGAAACGCCUCACCACCCUGCAGGCUUUGCAGCAUCCAUGGGUCACAGGAAAGGCAGCAAACUUUGCACAUAUGGACAACGCACAAAAGAAACUUCAAGAAUUCAAUGCUCGGCGUAAACUUAAGGCUGCAGUAAAAGCCGUGGUGGCCUCCACUCGCCUUGGCAGCGCAAGCGGUCACAGUGUUCAUGACAGCAACAAGCCCAGCCGCAACCCAUCUCCCGUCCACGACGGCCAGCCUGAAGAGAAACCCACUCAGGAAGCAGAAGCAGCUCCCGAAGAAAUGUCUUAGGUCAUUUGCUUCCUUGUUUCAGCUGAGAUCUAGCAUUUCAUACACCAGCUAAUUUGUCAUUCAGCAAGAGAGAUUCGUAAGCUUGGCCUCUCUGGUUUUGCUUUGGGGUGCCAAAUGCACUGGCUGGUGACUCUACCUUCAAUGCAUGUGACUGCUUAUGAAAAUAGUAAACUGUUCCAUAAGGCAUGUCAUGGAAACAGUGUUAUUUGCAGUAAUACCAACAGGUGAAAACAUGAGAAUGAAUAACUACCUACCAUAAUGCAUAUACUUCAUAUACAUCUAUACAGUGUUUCUAGAUGGCAUUUGAAACAAAUCCUGUUUAAUUUGGUUUUACAGAAGUAGGUGUCUUCUGUAUGUCAUGACAUUUCUUUGAACUGCUUCCUUCCAGAAUCAUAGUCCUGCAGUAGAUGAAAUGGAAGGAAACACCAAGCCAAUGGUUUUAAAACUGAUGUAUGAAAUAAUGCUUUUUAUCUGUAAUAUUUAAAAACUGUUUGGAGAUUUAUAUGCAAAAAACAUUCCACUACUUCUGGAAAGAAAUUGAAAUGUUAGUUCCACUGGGCAUGAAAAUGUACAUUCCUCAAGCUUAUGUUGAGAAUGCCUUACUCUGACUUUACCAGUUUAUAUACAGUAUUUUAAUGACAACCAAAAUUACUCAGAUUUUUGCCAUUUCAUUCUCUAGUAAAAUGUUAGCAACUCAAAAUUACAGAGUAGAAGAGGAUUAGAGUAGAUGCAAAUUUUUGAAAUUCCAUUGUAUUUAUUCAUGACUUUCUAAACUGUGCAGCUAGAACAUGUUUUUAUGGGUCCUAUGGGAAUAAUCUGCAAUUACACAAGUUUUAAAUGCUUGAAGGAAGCUACUCCACAGCUUAAUGAUUUUGCUCUGGGGAAACAUUCUUACACAAGGUCUGGGAGCCAGUAAUAUAAUCUGAUUGCUUCCCAGAUAAUUUAACCUCAUGAGUAACCAGUUUCCACUUGUCAACAUAAUUAGUCCAGAUUUUCGUAACAAAGAACCCAUCCUGUAAAAUGAUCCACCAGCACAGAUCCUGCAUCCACCUAGAGCUGCUCUGACUUCAGUUACAAGCGAGGGUCAGGCUCUUGAGCCAUCUUGAUUAUUUGUUGAACAUAAUGGAUAGGAAUUGGAAAAUGAUCAGCAUCAGUAUAUAUGACCGUUUACAUUUGUUUGUUAUUACUUUGAUAGCACGUGAAUUUCAUAAUGUAUUAGUAUGUUACAGAAAUGAAGAAAGAACCUGAUGUACAACAAUGUCAUUUGUGUUUGUUAAACUUUUUAAUACUGAUAGUUACCUAAAACCCUAAUACACUCAACAUUCCUCUUUUGCUUUAA